AUGGGUGGGGCGGCGCUGAACACAUUCCGUUUGCCAUUCUCAUUGCGACAGGACAUUAACAGACUCCCAUCAAAGUUACUUCUGGAGUUGUCGCAUGACGCUGAUGGCCUUGCGGAGUACCUGAGAGUAAAUGAACCGAAAUUGCUCCCUGAUCAGAGGCUGGUGUACGAAACUGUCAUCAGAGCCAUUGAAAAACAAGCGGGCAGCGUUUUUUUCCUCGAUGCUCCUGGAGGUACCGGCAAAUCCUUUGUAACACAAUUAAUUCUUGCUGAGAUUCGUCGCGAGAAACAAAUCGCGCUAGCCGUUGCUUCCUCAGGAAUCGCUGCUACGUUAUUGCCGGGAGGUAGGACGGCGCACUCGGCAUUCAAGCUGCCUUUAGAUUUGGUGAGGGCCGAGGUUCCUACUUGCAAUAUUGGCAAAAAUUCAGAGGAAGCAGAAGUUCUUAGACAGUACCAUCUCAUUGUAUGGGACGAAUGCACAAUGACCAAUAAGGGUGCCUUUGAGCCGCUGGACCGGUCACUGAAAGGUAUCAAGGAUUCUACAGCUUCUAUGGGUGAUGUAACUCUAUUGCUUUCAGGAGAUUUCCGGCAAACCCUUCCUGUCAUCCCUAAAGGGAGCCGGGCUGAUGAAGUGCGCGCAUGCCUUAAGUCAUCUACGUUGUGGCCCCAGGUUAAGACCUUAAGUCAAAGCACAAACAUGCGUGCACACUUGCUUGGUGAUAGCACGUCUGCAGCAUUUGCUGAAGACAUUUUAGCCCUUGGAGAAGGCAAGGUCCCUAGGAAUGAUAGGGGUGACAUAUCCAUCUCCGAACUGUGCAACACCGUAGACAACCCUUCCGAUCUUUUGGAAACAGUGUUCCCCAAUCUGGAAAGUAACUAUGCAGACAUCAAUUGGCUCAGUGAAAGAACCAUCUUGGCCCCCCAAAACGUAGCUGUCAGUGCUAUCAACGACCAACUCAUAAGCGCAAUUCCGGGUGAGGAGCGCAUCUACAAAUCGAUUGACCGGACCUCUGACCCUCACCAGACAUUGUCAAUUACCCUAUCGAGUUUCUUAACUCAUUGGAGCCAGCAGGGCUUCCACAUCACAUUCUUAGGCUAA